UCUUUUCGUUCUUUUCAUUUCCAAAAUCUCUGUUUCAUUUCCAGAGUCUCUCCCUUGGGUAGGCAGAAACCGUAAACCAAUUGUGGUAGGUAAGCUUCAAAUCUCUCCAUUAGGUUUCAGCAGUUGUAGCUUCAAUUUUGAUUUUGAUUUCUCUUCGAACCUGAUAUUCAUUUUGAUUUCGCGUUAUCCUUUGUGGCUUCUCCUUUGAAUCUCAUCAAGUACUUCAGGAAACAAUCGAGGGAGGUGGGAGGUGUGGUUGAGCAGCUGGAGUGUCCUUUGCCCCAAAGCUGCAAAUAUCGAGGCUGCAGCCUUGUGCUAUUUUGUUGCCACCACAAUCGCUUUUUAGCUCCGAGCAUAUCUCUUUCUUUCAGAUCUCCUAGGCCAUUGACACUUGCUUAAGCAGCUAAGCUUAGGAGAACAACAAUUGCGCUAAGGAGAAGGAACUUUCAAAUUAUUGCAGCUUGUCCAAAUGACUGUAUGUUGUACUGGGGAGAUAGGAAGAAUCAAGAAGAGUGUCAUGCUUGUGGGUUAUCAAGAUGGGAUUCUAUUUCUAAUGAUGUAGCAGCUUGCAUUUGAAGCAAUGGUGAGGGUUUGUGUCUUGAAUGAUGCUCUCAAGAGCAUGUACAAUGCAGAGAAAAGGGGUAAAAGACAAGUCAUGAUCAAGCCAUCCUCAAAAGUGAUUAUCAAGUUCCUUUUGGUCAUGUAGAAACAUGGUUAUAUUGGAGAGUUUGAGUAUGUUGAUGAUCACAGAGUUGGAAAAAUUGUGGUUGAAUGGAGAACCAAAUUGAUGAAAUAAGAAGACCAGGGAUUGAGUUAAUGUAUGCACAGAAGAUGAGGAUUUAAUGAAAAAUCCAUGAAACGGCGUCGCCUAAUUUUGGCUGAAUAAAACAACCCUAACUUCUCUGAACUCUUUAUGUUCGGUUGUCUCCUAAACUAAAGUCUACUGCCUCUUCUCUCGAUUCCUUCUUGAUUUUAUCUCAAAUUCCACUUGAGUUUGGUUGAAUCACCACAUCAAAUGGAGAGAUUUUCGAAGCUAAGGUCAGCCAAUCGAGGGAACUAGAUUGGACCCAUUGCAAGGAAGAAGAGUCUGAAUUUGAUUUGGAAUGGAACUCUAAUGCACUAAGGUAUGAAUUUGACCUUAAAAGAAGAAGUUAUCCAGAUUCCUAGUUGGGUUUUUGGAUUUCAAUUCCGAAUAAUAUUGGAUUUUAUCUUUAAUUGGAGAUUAGGAUUUGAGAUUAUUGUGAAGGGUUUGGGUUUCUUUUUCUUUCUAGUAAAAAAUGGGGUCCGGCCAAUGGAGAAAGGGAGCCAGAAAGUUCCAGAAAAAAUUGAUGGGGAAAGAGAGAGUAGAGGAAAAAAAAUUAAGUUCAAAGAGAAAAGUAGAUGAGAAGCAGAGAGUGAUAGAGCUUGUACAGAACAAUUAUUUCUUUGGAAUAAAAUUUCAUGUUUUUAUUUAACAGGUGAGUUCUCUUUGAAUUAUUAGUUUGUGUUUGGAAUUGAGCAUGAAAGUCUGAUAUUUUCCUCACGGAAAAUCACACUCAAGCCUAUUUCUUCCUCACAUGAUCUUCUUUUCUGUUCUUAAUAUAAUUUUCUUGUGAAUCGUUUGGUAUAUUGCUAUUUCAUAGAUUUUUUUUCCAUGUAAAUAAAACCAUGCGCAGACCAUGAAGCAAAUUUGGGAAUUGAAUUGUGAUUUGUGAGUUCUACGAUUAUUUUGUGAGAUUAUUAUCAUUCUGAGAUUAUUUUAUUGGGUUGUUGAAAUCAUGUUAAUAUAUGAGAUUAUUGAUUAUUGAUGUAUGAAUGAGUAUCAGGGAGUGUAUGGAAUUUCAUGGGAUUUGAUAGCUUGCAAUAAAAUUGAAGUCUGAAG